CAGACCAAUCAGAUAUAGCUUAAAAAACACUAGAAAAACAAGAAACUGAGAGGAGGAAGAAGAAGAAGAAGAAGAAGAAGCCAUGGCCAUUAAUGAAGUCAACCGCCUCUGGUUCCCUCUCUUCAUCCUCCUCUCCAUCUUCACCAUUUCCCGAUCUGACGAUCCAGAUUGUGUUUACAGUGUAUAUAUAAGAACCGGGUCGAUCCUGAAAGCCGGGACGGACUCAAUCAUAACCCUGACCCUUUACGAUGCAAACGGGUACGGCAUCAGGAUCAACAACCUGGAAGCUUGGGGCGGGCUAAUGGGUCCGGGUUACAACUACUUCGAGAGGGGAAACUUGGACAUCUUCAGUGGGAAGGGUCCAUGCUUGGAGGGUCCGGUUUGUGCUAUGAACUUGACGUCAGACGGGUCGGGCCGUCACCACGGAUGGUACGUUAACUAUGUGGAGGUCACCACCACUGGGGUCCACAAGGCUUGUUUCCAGCAGCAGUUCACGGUGGAGCAAUGGCUGGCCACUGAUACGUCGCCGUAUGAGCUCACUGCUAUUAGGAACUAUUGUGGUGGUGAGAAUCAUGUGGUGAUUGGAGAGAAGUCAAAGUCAAAGGGCUCUUCUUCUGUUGUUGCCGAGAUUUAAGGACUUGUUUGUCUUGGUUUAAUGUUUGUAUUUCGGUUUUCAUUUUCCGCGGGGGUCUUGAGUGAUCUGUGUAUUGGGGAAUAAAUUUUCAUGGAAUAAGAUUUGCUUUGUUGCACAAUUUUAUUGUAGA